GUGAGUGAGAGAAGCAGCCGAAGAGCUCUGUACCGGCUGCUCGUCAGAACACAGAGUGUGAGAGGGAGUGUGUACAGCAGAGAGGGACAGCAACAAAUAGACACACACUCAGACUGAGUUACUAUCUGACAGAGGGGACAGCACGCUCUUGUUUCUUUAAACUUCAAACUUGCAGCUGCAGGAAAGAAGGACAGACAGGUAAAAAUUAGGCAGACAGGUAGAACAGGUGAAAAAGCCACUCAUACUCUCCUUCAGUGAUGGAAGACUACACUCUCCCCUUCUGGAUUUACCUGGCCAUUGUGACUGUGUUCAUCGGCGGAGCCAUGAAGAAGAUCUUGGCGUCCCACCUGAACACCACCUCCACCGUGGUGGCCUGGCUGGGGGCCACCGUGCUGGUGGAGAGGCUGUGGGCGUUCUGCCUACCGGCCAUGCUGCUCCCGGUGCUAUUUGGCAUCACCUUCUGCAUCUACUAUGCAACCAAGACCAGCCAGCCACGAGCCAUGCUGCCUGCCCACGGCAAAGCCGUAAUCAUCACAGGCUGCGACUCUGGCUUUGGGAAUGCAACGGCUAAACAUCUGGACUCCCUGGGCUUUGAAGUGUUCGCCACAGUGUUGGAUCUGAAUGGAGACGGAGCCAAGGAGCUGCAGAGGACCUGCUCACACCGCCUCACCCUCCUCCAGGUGGACAUCACCCAGCCACAACAAGUGCAACAGGCCUUGCUGGACACCAAAGCCAAACUGGGGCUCAAAGGUCUGUGGGCUUUGGUGAAUAACGCCGGCGUGUGUGUGAACUUCGGAGAAGUCGAGCUGUCGCUGAUGUCCAACUACCGUGGGUGCAUGGAGGUCAAUUUCUUCGGCACGCUGAGCAUCACCAAGGCCUUCUUGCCGCUGCUGCGACAGACCAAGGGACGCAUUGUGACCAUCUCCAGUCCCGCCGGUGACCAGCCAUUUCCCUGCCUGGCAGCAUAUGGAGCAUCUAAAGCAGCUCUGAACCUCAUCACUGAGACUCUGAGACAUGAGCUGGAGCCCUGGGGAGUCCAAGUGUCCACCAUCCUGCCAUCCUCAUACAGGACAGCUCAGUCCAGUAACUCCGCCUACUGGGAGAAACAGCACAAGCAUCUGCUGCAGAAUCUGUCCCCGGCGUUGCUUGAGGACUACGGUGAGGAGUACGUGACCGAGACCAAGGAUCUGUUCCAGACCUUUGCCAAACACACCACCACCAACCUCCAGCCUGUUGUUGACACCAUCGUGCAGGCGCUGCUGGCUCCGCAGCCUCAGCCGCGUUACUUUGCAGGCUCUGGCUUGAGCCUCAUGUACUUCCUCCACACCUACUUUCCUUACAGCAUGAGCAACAACUUUCUGAAGAAAAGGUUUUUGAAGAAGAAUGUGAUCCCGCGCGCUCUGAGGAAGCAGUCAGCCUUUGAUCUGAACCUCAGCCUUCAUAACAACAACAAUGAGGAGAAGCUACAGCAGAUGUGAGACAGUCAACACAGAGGGUAUUAUCCUGCAGAUAGAGGACCACUUCUGUAACACACUCAUAGAGCUGUCGUUUUAUGUUUUUUAAAAUGUUGAAGGGAACAUUGAGAUGCACCAAAAUGGUUUCUGUUUGUCUCUGUAAUGUCUGGCCUGCAUGGGGAGGUCAGGGGGUGGGGUUCGGCAGAUGCAACCACAGGCCGAUCACGGGACACCUUCACCUCUGCCAGCUGUACUGAAUAAACACCGGAAGGAUCA